GAGGGGAAGUGGCCAUGCAGUGCCCGCCUGUCACUGGUUUUUGCUGUUCAGUGCGCCUCCCCGCCCCCCACUGCUUUCUCUGCCCAGCUAGCCCCGCCUACUCCCAGACCAGUCCAAACUCCAGACCUGGUUGAGACACUCUGAACUGCCCUGGAUGGGCACCAGGGCAGUCUUUGGGUGAAAAGAGCAAUGUGCUGCGAAUAGACCAUGCUGCUGGACCGACUUCGCGUGCGGCUGAACGCCGUGGUCUGUGGGCUCCUGCUUUUCCUCGUCCUGGGCCAGGGCCAGGACUCUGCCAGCCCCAUCCGGACCACACACACCGGGCAGGUGCAGGGGAGCCUCGUCCAUGUAAAAGAUACUGAUGUGGGAGUCCACACCUUCCUGGGAAUUCCCUUUGCCAAGCCGCCUCUAGGGCCCCUGCGAUUUGCACCCCCCGAGCCUCCUGAACCUUGGAGUGGUGUAAAGGAUGGGACCUCCCACCCAGCCAUGUGUCUGCAGAACAUCACUACCAUGAAUGCAGUGGUUUUGAAACUGUUGAAUAUGACCCUGCCUUUCACCUCCAUGUCCGAAGACUGCCUUUACCUUAACAUUUAUACACCUGCCCACGCCCAUGAAGCUUCCAGUCUGCCGGUGUUGGUGUGGAUCCACGGUGGCGGGCUUGUGAUGGGCAUGGCUUCCCUAUAUGAUGGCUCUGUGCUGGCGGCCUUUGAGAAUGUGGUGGUAGUCACUAUCCAGUACCGCCUGGGUCUGCUGGGCUUCUUCAGCACUGGAGACAAGCACGCACCUGGAAAUUGGGGCUACCUGGAUCAAGUGGCCGCGCUACGCUGGGUCCAGCAAAAUAUUGCCUAUUUUGGAGGAGACCCUGGCCAUGUCACCAUUUUUGGCGAGUCCGCGGGUGGCACAAGCGUGUCCUCCCAUAUCGUGUCCCCCAUGUCCCAAGGACUCUUCCAUCGUGCCAUCAUGGAGAGCGGUGUGGCCCUGUUGCCUGGUCUCAUUGUCAGCUCAUCCAAUGAGGUCUCCAUGAUGGUGGCCAACCUGUCUGCCUGUGGCCAGGUUGACUCAGAGGCCCUUGUGGGCUGCCUGCGGGGCAAAACUGAAGAGGAGAUUCUGGCCAUCAGCCAGCCCUUCAUGGUCAUCCCUGGCGUAGUGGAUGGGACCUUCCUGCCCAGGCACCCCCAGGAGCUUCUGGCCUCCGCUGACUUUCAACCUGUCCCCAGCAUCAUUGGUGUCAACAACGAUGAGUACGGCUGGUUCAUCCCCUCGACCAUGAACAUCUUUGACACCCAGAAGGAAUUGGACAGAGAGACGGUGAAGGCUAUCCUGCAGCAAGUGUCGACAAUGUUGACGUUGCCUCCUGAGUCUGUUGACCUGUUGAUGGAGGAGUACAUGGGGGACAGUGGGGACCCACAGAUCCUCCAAGCCCUGUUCUCUGAGAUGAUGGGGGACUGCAUCUUCGUGAUCCCUACACUCCAAGUAGCCAAUUUUCAGCGCUUACACGCCCCGGUCUACUUCUACGAGUUCCAGCAUCGGCCCAGCUUCCUCAAGGACAGCAAGCCGCCCCAUGUGAGGGCAGACCAUGGUGACGAGUUACUCUUUGUUUUCGGAACCCUCUCUUGGAGAGGCUACGUUGAAGUCACGGAGGAAGAAAAGCUGUUGAGCAGGAAGAUGAUGAAAUACUGGGCUAACUUUGCUCGAAAUGGGUCUCUCCAUCCAAGGGGGUCUCCUCUCGCCUUUUGGAAUUCUCCUUGCCAACCUUCCCCCAACUCACCGUGGGCAUCCACAUGAUCAGUUUCCCUGCUUACCCCAUUGCCUCCCCUAAACUUUUCCCUCCCUCACCUUAUCCGACCCCCCUCCCCCUGCCCGCAAAGGAAACCCUCUCAUACACAGGAUUUGAUCUCAGCCUGCAGAGAUACCAAAUUGUGUUCACUGGGCCUCUUUGCUCUACCAAAGCACUUUUUCUCUCAGAGGCUGUAUCCUUCUUCUCAUAGACCUAAGAGUCCUGCUAUGGCCCUGCCUCUGCCAACUUGCCCUCUCCAGGCACUAGACUCUCCAGGAGGAAAGCCCCCUUCCUUCCCUCCACUGCCUGUAAGCCCAACCACAGAGCCUCUGGAAGUGGGGUCUGAAGGAUGGACACUGGCCACCAGAUGGCAGACAAGGGUAACCUUAAGCCUGGGCCCUCUUGAACUAGAGGGGGGGGGGCUUUCCUUUUAAGGGGCACUGGAGCAUAAGGCUUCUCCUGCAUCCUGAAAGCAUUUAUUGAGCACCCACUGCAUGCAUGUCUCUGUAUGGUUUUCAGUCCUGCAGAUGCACAAUAUACUUUCCAAAAGUGGGUUCCCAGUAUUAGUUUUUUAGUCAUCUUAUUUUUUAAACAGUUUUGUUGUGGAAUAAUUUACAUACAAUUGAAUUCCUUUAGAUGUACGGUUUCACAAAGUUGGCUAAAUAUAUAAGACAGACAUGACCUGAGGCGAAGGCAGACGCUCAACCGACUGAGUCAUCCAGGGGCCCCUCAAGUUUUAGAAUGUUUCUAAACUCCAAAGAGUUCCUUUGUGCCCCUUUGUAGUCAGGCAGUGCCCUGACCCUGGUCCCACACAGCCACCAAACUGCCUUCUAUUGCUAUAGUUUGCCUUUUCUAGAAUGUCAUAGAAAUGGAAUCAUUUAUUACUGGUUUCUGUCAUUUAACAUAAUGUUUCUGAGAUUCAACCAGAAUCUUUUUUGCUGCAAAGUAGUAUGCCACACAUGGUAUGCUACAUUUUUUUCCCGUUCACCAAUUAAUGGACGUUUGCGUGAUUUCUAUUUUUUGGCUUUAUUAAAGUUGCUGUGAACAUUUUCAGACAGGU